GCGGCCCUUCCUGCUGCGGGCGCUGCGCAUCGCCGUGGUGGUCUGCCUCUACUGGUUCACCUCCAUCGCCAUGGUCUUCCUCAACAAGUACCUGCUGGACAGCCCCUCGCUGCGCCUCGACGCCCCGCUCUUCGUCACCCUCUUCCAGUGCGCGCUGACGGCCGCGCUCUGCCUGGGCCUCAGCCUGGGGGCGGCCUGCGGGCCCCCCUGCGCCGGCCUGCCCGCCCUCCGCCUCGACCCCAAGGUGUCCCGCAGCGUCCUGCCCCUCUCCGCCGUCUUCAUCGGCAUGGUCACCUCCAACAACCUCUGCCUCAAGCAUGUCGGCGUGGCCUUCUACAACGUGGGGCGCUCCCUCACCACCGUGUUCAACGUGCUGCUCUCCUACCUCCUCCUGAAGCAGACCACCUCCCUCUAUGCCCUUCUGGCCUGCGGAGUCAUCAUAGGUGGCUUCUGGCUGGGCGUUGACCAGGAAGGAGCAGAAGGUACUCUGUCAUGGACAGGUAUAUUCUUUGGGAUCUUAGCAAGCCUUUGUGUCUCUCUCAAUGCCAUCUACACCAAGAAGGUGCUGCCUGUGGUGGAUGGUAGCAUCUGGCGCCUGACCUUCUACAACAACAUCAACGCUUGCGUCCUCUUCUUCCCCCUCAUGGUGCUGCUGGGCGAGUUCCGCACCCUCUACCACUUUGACAAGCUGGGGAGCCCCAGCUUUUGGGGCAUGAUGACUUUGGGGGGAGUGUUUGGCUUUGCCAUCGGGUACGUGACUGGACUUCAGAUUAAGUUCACUAGCCCACUCACCCACAACGUGUCUGGGACAGCCAAGGCCUGUGCACAAACAGUGCUGGCUGUUAUCUACUUCGAGGAGACAAAGAGCUUCUUGUGGUGGACGAGUAACUUGAUGGUUCUGGGGGGCUCCUUUGCCUACACGUGGGUGAAAGGACUGGAAAUGAGAAAGGUGCAAGAGGAUCCUAAUGUUAAAAGCAGUGAAAGAAAUGAGACUGGUGUGUAGGUGGCUCCUGCACCUCUAUUUUUGGGUCUGGGGGGAUAACCUUUGGUGCUCCUUUUCAUCCUGGGGAGAAGAAGAGCAAGGAGCAGGAAAAAAUGCACCUGCAAAGUGUAUGGGGAACUGUGUCAGGAACCAGAGCCAAAGACCUGCCUGGAUCACGUUUUAUCUCACCUCAUUGUCAGAGUUGGGGAGAGCAUGUGUUGUGGAGAUCAACUGGGUUGGGGUUUUUUUGUGAUUGUUUUUUAAAAUGGAUGUUGUUAUUUACCUAAUCUCGGACAUUUGCAUCUUGGGGGGGGUGGUGGGGGUGGCUCCUAUCAGACACAGACUGGAAUGGGAGCUUUGUGUAGUUAGGGAUCGAAAAUUAAUGGAAUGAAUGCAACCUGGGGUUGUAAAAUCCUGAACCUGCAGGUAAGGAAGAGGCAAGUAGCCAGACUGUCUGGGUUAGACUUCAGUAAACUGUUCUGCUGUAUAAGGUUUUUGCAACAGCUGUUCUUCCUGUUGCCCCAUUCAGUGCAGAGGAUGGAAAUUCUCUCCCUUCUGGCUAUGUACAAGUCUAAACAACAGCAGUGCCACCAAAACACCUUUCCAAAAGUA